AGUGCUAUUCUCUCCAAGUAGAGCUUUUGGUUGUUUUAGACAUCCUUUUAGGCCUUGCUUGCACCUGUGUUCAACAAGCUGGGACCAAUUAUCUACUCUCCAAGCAGAGGUAAGGCAAACUGGUUGUUCCUGGUAAAGACAGUAUCAAAUACUUUAGCCCCCACAACUAAUUAACAGUUGUUUUUUUUUUGUCAUACUCUUAUUUAUCCUGUGCUAGUCCAUUCCCUACAGACUGGUGCCCUGAGACCACUAGUUUAGAAACCAGACUGAUAAUCAGAAUCACACAUAAAAUGUGGCAGAGAUGAUUUCAGUAGGGACUACUCUGAAAUAAAUAAAAAGUGAUUUCAGUGACUAUUGAACUUGUUAGAGUCAGUUUGCAACCAGAAAGCAACAAAACUGCCCCUGGGGGAGUAAGCUGCUGCUUGAGGGUGACAUUACAAAAGCACACAACUUCUCCCUUACACCAAACGCUAUCUUCCGCCCAAACAAAAAGAAGAUCAGUUUGUCCAAGACAAAAGAUACUACUCCCCUUCCCCGAUGCAGACCCUCAUAAUGUUACCCAAGGAGAUUUUUGACCAGGAAGAAGUUAGCGUAGCUAACAUGUUUGACCGAGUUUGUAUGACACAUUGGCAAAUUCGGCUUUCACAGGUGCCCGUUCUCCAAAUUUUCUAACGGUGUUAAUGAGAUAGCUGUAUGGGUGUCCGUUCUUCAGCUGUUCUAACAGCUAGACAAGUUACAGAGCUGAACAAGUGUCCCUUUUUCAGCCUUUCUUCUACUCAGCUGGACAGGUGUCCGUCAUUCUUCAGUUCUUCCACUCAGCUGGACAGGUGUCCGUUCCCUUGGUAACCGCCCCCAACAAGCCUUCCCGUCGUGCCUCGCUCUGGCCGCAGUGCGCAGGCGCACAGGGUAUUAUGGGUAUGCAUUCUUCAUUUUUGUGCCGCGGAUAUUUCGGAAGAAAGUCGACCAGCAAAUCUUCACAUUCCACUUUCCCAAGGCGUUUAAGAUGCUUUCUUACCGCUGAAGGAGCUGAAAUCGGCGUUGUGCAAUCUUCAUAGCCCUUACCGUCAAGUGAAUUCACCAGACUUCAAUGUGCACAGAAGAUAGCGUUGUACCACACUUGUGAUAUCUUUGGAUUUUUCUUGCAAGUUGCGUCGUUCUUAGAAGGAGUGAAAAUAUGGGGGAUGACUUGGACAAGGUGGUGAAAAAGACUCAAGACACUCUCGGGAAAAUCGUCAAGAAGCCGCCACUUACGGAGAAGCUUCUGAAGAAACCACCCUUUAGAUUUCUGCAUGACAUAUUCACAGAGCUGAUCCGGUCCAGUGGCUAUAUGAAAGGGUUAUAUGGUGACAGUGAGAUGGUCUCUUCAAAUGUUAAGGAAAAAGACAGCAAGAUAGCCUUCUUACAGAAAGCUAUAGAUGUAACUGUAAUGGUGACAGGAGAACAGUGUUCUGUUCGACCUUCCAAAGUUGUAGCAGGACACGAACCGGAGAAGACGAACGAAUUGCUCCAACUUAUGGCCAAGGCAAUUAAGAGCAAGAUGAGCAGUGACGAGGCAGUACAGCGGGUUCUGAACGGAGAGAAGCCGGGAUCAGGGAAACCACCCACGGGGAAGAAAGGUGACAAAAGCGAACACAAGAGCCGCGACAAGGACAAAGAUAAGGACAGAAGGCGUCACCAUGACAAGGAGGACAAGAAGGGGUCUGGUAGUCGGGACCGAGCCAAGGAGAGGAGUAAAGACAGGAGCAGGAGUGCAGAUAAACAGAGGGAGGAGAGACGGGAGAAAAAGGACCGAGAGAAGGAGAACGAAGGAGGGAAGGACAAGAAAGACAGACAGCAGAGGAGAGAGGAGGAGCGAGAGAAACCUGCAGAGAAGACCGAGUCACCGUCAGAACCGGACACGGCUGUGGGCAGCAACAAGCAGGAGGAGGAGGAUUCCGAGCAGGUUGCCAGUCGCAUUCCCCGGCCGUCGUCAGCCAAGGGACAGAGACGCAGACACGCGCGGGAAGAUGGUUCUGAUGGUGAGGCGGACCAUGACUCCGCACCACAGGGUGACGCCAGCCAUGCGGAAAUGAACGGGGAAGUCAACGGAACAGACGAGCUUCAUCCGCAAGUCAUCGCAAGCCGGAAGAUUCCCCGGCCGGGUAGCGCCAGGCCUGCUGCCCCCAGAAGAACCAGGAGACCAGAACCACAGGAGGACCCCAGUGCAAGGAUAGGGAGUGGUAAGCAGGUGUCCAGUGUCAUCAUUGACGACGGGGGGAACUCCGAUGAUGAUGAUGAUGAUGAGACCUUUGUGGUGGAAGACUCCGGCCCCGUUCCUCCUGAGAUGGAGCCCUUGGAGCCCACCUCUGGUGAAGUGGCAGAUGAUGGAGAACACGGAGGUUUGGUCAGGAAAAUCCUGGAAACCAAGAAGGAGUUGGAGGGACAACCUAAAUCAGCACACAAGAAGGAAGUGGAGAAGCCGCUGGUGUCGGAUGCAGCCUGGAGAAAGGAGAGAGAAAUGGUGUCCAAGGAGGUGGAAAAGUUACGGGCAGCCAUCCAGGUUCUCUGCCGGAGUGCCAACCCUCUUGGUAAAGUCAUGGAUUACGUGCAGGAGGACAUGGAUGCCAUGCAGAAGGAGCUGGAGGUGUGGCGGAAGGAAAACAAGGAACUGGACAUGGCAAUCAAGAGAGAACAAAGCAUCACCAAUAGUGAGGUUGAGCCACUCAAGGCCCAGCUGUCCGAACUGGACCAAGCCAUGACGGACCAGCUGGACCAGAUUGCUGCGGUCAAGGCCAACAUCAUGCGUAAUGACGAUAAAAUCAACAAGAUGAUGGCCAGUAUGAACUUUGCCUCAAGAACCUAGCACAAGUGACUCUACAGAUCUGGGCUUUGGGUGGUUAGGAAACAAAAUUUGUUAUUGUUGUUGUUGUUGUUGUUGUUGUACAAAUGCUGACAGAGAGAAACACUGUAGCCGAGUAAACUUAAUGUUAAAUUGUGCUGCAUUUAAAGGCCAAUUUGUUGGAUGCAGAGUUAUUCUCUUCCAUCAGGAAAAAUUGUCAGUGACACUAUGGAGGAAUAAGGUGAAGUAAGAUAGACUGAGUUGAUUGUAUGGUUAGCAUCCUCUAGGAACUCCAAACCUGAUGAGUGUGUGAGAAAAAGUAGGGCCCAAAAAAAUUGCCUUCAUUUUGAAAUCUUGGUCAGGAAGGUUAACUAUUCAGCACACAAUGUAAAAUGUUCAGUUUGCAAGGAGUAAGUAAACGACAAAAUCAGCAGUCUUUACAACAGGAAAACGGGCAUUUUAUGACAGAUAUCCAUUUUCCUAUGUAUUUUGCCACUUCGAGCAUAAAUUUGUUCAUUUUAUGUUUUUGUCAUUUCUGGCAAAGAUUUGUUCAUUUUGUACAACAGAAUGGGUGCAAUGUUUUGGGAAAAGGAUGGAAAUUGAUGCAUGCACGGAUGUCAUCCAUGUAAUCAAAUCAGUGUGGUCUAAGCUCAAUUUACUUGGUGUACACUGGAAAGGGAAAGGAUUUAUCCAUGUACAGGUUAGUGAAAGUAGGACCGGUCCAGAUGCCACCUUUUGUCAUAUGAGAAGAGAGUGAAAAUAUGAGGUAGCAAUAAUCUACAAUUGUGAAUAAUAACACUUUUAAUAGAAUGGGGAAUAUGAAAUUGCAGAACGUUGUCGCAUCUUAGUAACUUAAAGUUUGUGGUUAAGAAAAAAUAGUGGAUGUAUUGUGAUCCUUAGAUGAACUAUGGUAUGUCUAUCUUAAUUAUAGCAAAAUAGCCAGAGUUUGAGAGAUGUCCUGAUUGUAAGGAAUUCGUUCAUAUGUGUAUAUUCUGAUAUUCAGUUACAAUCAAGAUUGUAUAUAUUUCUGGAAUACCCUGUGCCUGUGGACAAUAUUACUAGUACUGGCAUGAAAAGAGAAAUUGUAUGAUACAUUAUACACUUCCUGCAUGUUUUUGUUAAAUGCUACCAAAGCUUGCAUGAUAUACACUACAGAAGUACAAAACAUUGACAGGAUGCGUAUUAUUGCCAUGUAACAAGGAUAUUGCUCAUAUCAAUAUUGGUAUGUAAAAGCUGCAGCCAAUUGUCUUAGCAUUUUUCAAGUCACUGAUAUGCAAAUGAGCAUAGGCUGACUAUGCACCAAGAAAGUCAGAAUCUGAUACUGACAACAUAUCAAUCCUACUAUUAGAUUGAUGCGACGGCAACCAUGGUUGGUUGGGGAUUGCUUAUGUCAGAGUGUAAGAUUCUGACUUUCUAGGUGCACAUCCAGAUAGUGGACAUUUGCAUAUUCGUGAUUGGACAAACGCAACUAGUCAACUAAUGGGUUUGUCUCACUUCUCAGUAGAGAAUUCUGAUUGGAUGACCUUUGCUGUUGUGGUGACAUCACAUGAUCUCUUCUUAGUAACACUUCUCAACAUACUUGUACAUUCAUCAUUUCAUUCUUCUCAACAUAGAAUGUACAAUAUACAUUAUGUUGACUUACACAAGUCUUGUAAAUAAUUCUUGCUGCAUGUUUUUAUUGGGAUCCUGAAUUUCCAAGGAAUAAUGAAGUUUUAAAAAUGAUUCUCAUCUUUAUUUUCACACCUGAUUCUCCCAUGUGUGUGUUUUUACAAUAAGUGGGUUAAGUGAGUAUUUUUCCCGGUAACACUUUGGCUUUUCAAACACAAACUCACAUGCACAUGUGUCCACACAAACACACAAAUGAAUACACAAAAAUAUGCACGCACACAUGCAUUCACUGCAACACACAUUCACAGGCACACAUAUAUACAUGAAAUAAAUACACAUGCAGACACAGGCUUGGACACACCUGCAUGCACAUACAUACAUGGAUUGCAAGUUCUUAUAGUCCUUGAGAAAAUAACUUGUCCUUUCCCAAAGCCAGGGGAGAAAGUGACAACACUUAACUUUGAUAUGAAAUUUUCAAAUGAAUGACAUGUUGCACCUGUCAUAUACAGUUAUUUUUUCUGUGUGAAUGGGUAUACUUCGUCAGUUGAACAUAACAAGAAGGUAUGGAUUCUGUAUUGUAUAAAAACAAAAAUAUAAGUUUAAUUGACCAAAGCAUUUCAGAGUAAUGGCCUGGAGUCCACAACCACAAUGCAGUUUGUUCUUCUGUAUUAAAAUAACUGCUAUUUUGCCACCAGACUGUAUAAUAUGUACAGAAUAUGUCUUGUUUACAAUUGAAUACCUUUGAGAACGAUUGUGUCCAUAGUUCUUCGCGUAUUAUUGUUUUCGUGUUUGCACUGGCUUGGGCAGAAUAUAAAAUAAA